AUGGGGCAGCCUAUGGGGACACAAAUGGGCCAAAUGGAGAGCAUUUCUUGUGUGUAUUGUGGUGAGGAUCAUACUUUUGACAACUAUCCUUCUAAACCGACAACUAUAUGUUAUAUGGGGAAAAAAAAUAGGAAUGGUCCUUAUUCUAAUUCCUACAACCCAUCACGGAGGCAACAUCCAAAUUUUUCAUGGUGUAAUCAAGGAGCUGGCCCUAGUAAUCCUUCUAUGCAUCCAAGACCAAAUUUUCGACCAGGUUACCCCCCACAAGCACCACAACAAAGGCCACAACAACAAGCAAUGAAAUCUAGCUCUCUUGAAAAUAUGUUGAAGGAAUAUAUAGUGAAGAAUGAAUCCAUGAUUCAAAGCCAAGAAGCUUCAUUGAGGAAUUUAGAGAACCAAGUUGGGCAACUAGCUAAUGAGUUUAGAAAUAGACCCCAUUGUACACUGCCAAGUGAUACCGAGAAUCCAAGGAAUGUGGGCAAGGAACAUUGUAAAGCCAUCACUUUGAGGAGUGGGAAAGAGUUGGAGAAGGACAAGACCAAUUCUGGGCAUGAGGGUGAACCCUCUUUAAUCCAAAUAAAUGAGCCACCUCCAUUUCCUCAACGUUUUCAGAAGAAAAAGUUCGAUUCUCAAUUCAAGAAAUUUCUAGAUAUGUUGAAGCAGUUACAUAUCAACAUCCCACUUGUAGAGGCACUUGAGCAAAUGCCUAACUAUGUGAAAUUCAUGAAAGAUGUUCUUACAAGGAAUAGAAGGUUAGGAGAGUUUGAAAUUGUGGCUCUAACCAAAGAGUGUAGUUCAUUUUUGCAAGACAAGUUGCCACCAAAUUUGAAGGAUCCUGGGAGUUUCACUAUUCCCUGUAGUAUUGGGGAUACUUAUUGUGGGAUGGCUUUAUGUGAUUUAGGUGCGAGCAUUAACAUGAUGCUAAUGUCUGUUUUCAAGCAAUUAGGGAUUGGAGAAGUUAGGCCUGCUACAGUUACUCUUCAACUUGCAGACAGAUCUCUUGCUCAUCCGGAUGGGAAGAUUGAAGAUGUAUUGGUGAGGGUAGACAAAUUCAUAUUUCCUACUGAUUUUAUUGUGCUAGACUAUGAGGCAGAUAGAGAGGUGCACAUUAUCUUGGGAAGGCCAUUUCUUGCGACACGAAGAACUUUAAUAGAUGUGCAGAAGGGGGAGCUGACUAUGAGGGUCCAAGAUGAAAAUGUGACUUUUAAUGUUUUUAAGGCUAUGUGGUUUCCUGAUGAGGUUGAAGAAUGCUCAGUAGUUUCAGUGGUAGAUUCUUUGGCAUCAAGGGAGUUUGAGACUAGUAACGUUGGUGAACCAUUAGAGAGGUUAUUGUUGUUUGAUUCACACAAUGAUGAAGAUGAGGAGGAGUACUUAUCUUGGUUGAAGGCUAAUUCUCAAGGGUUAAGAACAAGAGGCUGA